AUGAGCCUAUAUGCCGCAGGCGACCCAAAGCGAACGCCGAAGGCUCUAAUAUUCCUCCCUGUGGCGGGAGUUUUCUACCUCAGCGUACCUUUCUGGUUUGAUAGAAAGAAACCUGUCCGACAAAAGUCAUUCGCCAUUAUUUGGAUCGGACGCGGAAGAAGUUUGGGGGGAGAUCCUGAACGCUUGCCGGCCUACAUCGGAAGUGUCAAAUGGGAAAUAAAGGAAACAGCCGAUGCCACUGCGACCUUCUUCAACGCCCAUCGUGAACGGAGCAUUCCUCAAGGUACACUACCGACGUUCCAUGUGCAGGAGAAACACAACCAUAUCAGUCGUGUGUAG